UCAAUGUAAUUAUCGGGUCGUUAAUGUCGGUAUCAUCAAUUUGUCCCGUGGAAUUAACAUAAGUUUAAGUUGAGCGGCGCGUUGUGGACGUCCUUGUCGUGAUUUGACUUGCGCGCUCGCGAGUUAGUAACAGGACUUAAGUAAAGUAAGGCAAGUUUACUCUCAUAUACAAGUAUCGUGUGCAGUAAGUUAGCAGGCGCCGUGGUUCUGCUACUGCUGUGCGCGCUGAGUGCGAAGCGGGCCGUCGGUAAGCGAUAUCGUUAUAAAAUGUAUCGCGCGGUGUUUUGUGCGCAGUGACGCGCUUUUGUGGUACCCGAAAACCUAACCUCCGAAAAGAACACAGCCGCGAGUGAGUGAGAGUGUGAGUGAGCGGGGAGAGCCGAACGUGUGUGCCGACACCGUUGACGUCGACAUUCUUGCAGAUAAAGAAUCGCGUAUUCAUACGCACACACACACACGGAGAUAUAAUACACAAGCGCGCGCGCCGCACACGCCGGUUCACGCAGGGCGAUGCAUAAUUGAGUCCGCGAGACCCACCAUUCGGUGAUUCGGCCGAGCGCAAGAUACAACACGCUUCGUCGUCGUAGCAGCAGCGGACGUCGUCGUGCCGUGUGUGUUCACAUUCCUCCUCGAGACAGUUUGUGUGUGUUGUACGCCGAAAAACCAAACCUAGAGUGCGUGUGUGCUGCGUGGUGGACUUUAAUGACUUGAUAUCGCGCGCGCCAACGUAAUCAUCGUGUACACCGACGCCGGGCGGUAAUCGUAAACAAUUGUGAAUCAUUGGGACGCGCAAGCAGGAAGAGGGCUCAGUUUGUAGUGGCUCGGAAAGACUGAAAGUACCGAAAGCGCAGUGCGGCUGUAGUGCGCGUAGUACAGUGCGAAACAAUUCCGGAGUGAAUCUCGCCGUUCGGAAGGAAUUUUCUGUAAUUAUUCGAGUGUGGUUAAUGGAAGCAUGAUGCAUCCUCAGCAGUACGCGGUGCAGCAAGUGCAGCCGGUGCAUCAUUACACAUCGGCUGGACAGUAUUUGAAUCCAACGUUGAUGCAAGUAGCAGCGACGAAUCGAGGAUUUCGAUUCAAUGCAUUUACUACAUCAAAAGUCAUAAUUUCGAAUCUGGCGCCGCAUCUGCGCUUCGAAGACAUCGAACACUUGUUAACGCCGCACGGCACCGUCGUCAACGUCGACAAGCUGACAUCGAAAGAUCCGCAAACGCAAACCGUACAGAUCACCUUCGAAACGGUGGAACAAGCUCAACUGGUUGUAAAUCAAUUAAAUGGAGUCGAAAUGGAGGGUAAACCACUCAAAGUUGAUCUCGCCAGCGAAAAGAAGGGUCGACGUGGACCACGCGCACCCGGUGCACCAUUCAGCAACCUGCCCGGUCAGAGCAGACAGACUGACUUCCCGUUGCGCAUCCUGGUGCAGAGCGAUAUGGUCGGCGCUAUCAUUGGUCGUCAGGGUUCCACAAUCCGCCUAAUUACGCAACAAACGCGUGCACGUGUUGAUGUCCAUCGCAAGGACAAUGUGGGCUCAUUGGAGAAGGCCAUUACCAUUUAUGGUAAUCCCGAAAACUGCACGAAUGCCUGCAAGCGGAUUUUGGAAGUGAUGCAACAGGAAGCCAACAAUACAAACAAAGGAGAAAUAUCGUUGAAAAUUCUCGCGCACAACAAUCUAAUUGGUCGUAUUAUCGGCAAAGGAGGCAACACGAUCAAGCGUAUCAUGCAGGAAACUGACACCAAGAUCACGGUUUCGAGCAUCAAUGACAUCAAUUCGUUCAAUUUGGAGCGUAUCAUCACUGUGAAGGGAGCGAUCGAGAACAUGAGCAAAGCGGAGGCGCAGAUCAGCGCCAAACUCCGCCAGAGCUACGAGAAUGAUCUGCAAGCGAUGGCGCCGCAGACGAUGAUGUUCCCCGGCCUGCACCCCAUGGCAAUGAUGGCCACCGCUGGUAUUGGUUACGGUUCGCGCGGUUUGUACACAGGUCAGGCGCCGUAUCCAGGCAUGUAUCCGGCCGGCGCACCACAGACGAGCACCACAUCGGGCGACACCCAGGAGACGACCUACUUGUACAUCCCCAACAACGCAGUCGGCGCCAUCAUCGGCACUAAGGGCUCGCACAUCCGCAACAUCAUCCGCUUCUCGGGCGCGACGGUCAAAAUAGCCCCGCUGGACGAGAGCAAGCCGCAGGACACGCAGACCGAGAGGCGCGUCACCAUCGUCGGAUCGCCGGAGGCACAAUGGAAGGCGCAGUACUUGAUAUUCGAGAAGAUGCGAGAGGAGGGAUUCGUCGCCGGUUCUGAUGAUGUGAGGCUGACGGUGGAGAUUAUGGUGCCGAGUUCGCAGGUCGGCAGGAUUAUUGGUAAGGGCGGACAGAACGUGCGUGAACUGCAACGAGUGACGGGCAGCGUCAUCAAACUGCCGGAACAGGGUACCAGUCCCCAGGAGGACGAAACAACAGUGCAUAUCAUUGGUCCAUUCUUUAGUGUUCAGAGUGCACAGCGACGUAUUCGUGCUAUGGUGCUGCAAUCAGUGGCGCCGCCGCAGGGAGGAAGGCCACGCGGGCCACGAUUACCGAAAGAUCAACAAGCCGAGCCGUCGGCCGCCGACGGACAGCAGUAAUGCUCGCCCCACCGUCGCAGCGUCUCGACAAUUAUGUAAAACAAACUAAAAACGCAACUGCCCAUACAUGGCAUAGGCCUUGCGACCUACCAUGCGUUCGUUUUGUACAUAUUCAACAUCUCUCGAGAGGCCUUCCACGAAAGAAAAUUACCGAACACACAAACAAAACAAACAAACUCUUAACAAAGACUAGCAUUAAACGAUAAGGAGAUUUUCGACUCUAACUUGAAAUAAGCACAACAAACAAGGAAAACCUCAAAUACCUCAAGUACGUCGUGUAUAAGUGCAUUUUUCAUCUCGAUGACAAUUUGACAACAUCGAUCAUCAUAAUCAACAUAAAAAAACACGUUAAGUCACGACUGAUCGUAUUUAGCGCGAAAUGAAAGUCCUAAUUUAUUUCGUCCAUUUUUCAAAUCAUCAUCGAUCAUUACAAUUCAAUUAGUUUUGUAUUCGAUUUUCAUUAGAGCCGCUCACCGGCGGCUGAAUGGCGAAAGGGCUAGCGAGAAAGAAAAAAUUGGUACGAGCGAAUGCUGGCCAUGCAUUAACAAACAAAUCUUGAACAAUCAAAUCACCAAAAACACUCACGGUAAUUAUUACUUGAACAGAACUACCUCAGUAAAUCAAAACUAACAUUUAGUUACGAGUGUUCCCGAAGAAUGUUUUUAAAAACUAAUUUUUUUGCUAUAUAUGCAAUCAAAUCGCAAACGCGCAGCGCGCAUUGUGCGCUGUACAGGAACCACACAACCACAAACAACCUCAUACAUAGUAUAAACAAGUUUUAUUAUUGUUGAAGAGAGAAAACUUUACAUAAAUUAAUGAAAUAGCGCAAUGUGUCAAGUAAGAGUAAAUGCAACUAAGUGUCCACACUACUGCGGACUACCAAAGAUGUAAAAUUAGUCGAUUUACUAUUUACGCACAUAAAACUACUGCAGCAUAACUAAUUGAUACAUGCGAUUGAUUGACGAUCGAGUAUACGUCAUUGAGAUAAACAAAAGAUGAAACAAACUGGAAUAUGACUAUUGUUUAGAUAAGCCACAUACAAUUACUUCGGAAUAAAUCAAUUUACACCAGCCCGAGAAAGAAAACCGAUUAAGUAAACAUACAACAACUAGAACAUUUACGUGCAGGAGUAUCGUUCGUUUACAUUUUUUUACAUAAGUGUAAAGAGACGGAAUAGUUCCUUUCGACGGUGAUAACGCAGAGCAGCUCUUAUUGUCGUAGAUCGUGCGGUCAUGGUGCUGCUUUGCGAGUGCGCCGGGUACCAACGUGGCUGUUGUUAUUAUAACUUAUUUUGUAUGAAUGUGUAUUUUUGUUUUUGUUUAAUUAUUAUUAGAAUUAUAAUUUUUUGUGUACGAGGAAGCGUGUGUGCGGCAUACUGCAAUAUUGCCUCCGAACUGAACAACUUCACGCUCCAAAACGAUAGGAAGCUAGGGAAACACGAAAGGGCGAGCAAUUAGAUUUUGGCCACUCUGUUUUUGGUAACAUCUCAAUUUUGUAGUAUAACGUGAGUGAAAUCAUUUCGUUCGACAAUCUUGCAACGUUCACCGUAUAUUUCGGGAGUGUGUGUCGUCGCGAGGGUGAACGAGUGCGUGGACAUUUUUUAACACUUAAAUUAUAAUUAUUGUUAGGAGAUUGUUAAUUAAAUGUUGACGCGUGAACCAGGCGGUGGAGUAUAUAUCGCGAAUAGAGUGGACAUUUUAGGGUUUUCAUUUAAAGGCGCGUAGAUGCGUCGCUCUUAGAUUAUAUUACAAUUAUUUCAAGGUGCCGCGCGACGCGUCUGCACGCCUGCCAUUGUGAUUGUUAACUUGGUCUAAACUAGAGUUGACUAUGCAGUAGGAGCGAGAGUGUGCGGCAUGGAUGUGACGGACGGUGUGAUUGGUGAUGUGGAAUUGUUUAAUAAUACUUUGGGAAGAGACUCACUCACUUCAUUUUAAACGAGAUACGAAAACUGAACCGCAUUGGCGAUCGGGGCUAAUCGAAGAACUUGAGAGAAAAAAACGCAUACAAACGAGGCGCACGCGAAUAUACCUCGGCGACGAGUAUAUUUGCAGUCCGAUUGCGAUUAAAGUACAAAGCUUAUCAUAAUUGAUGCAAACUCGGAGGUAUAGAGAUAGGACCUUCCUACAAGGUCUAAAUUUAAAAAUAAUUGAAGAGAAUAAAGCCGGUGGUUGGUAUAUUUGCCAGGCUUACAACUUGUAAAAAAAAUUAUUUUUGAUAAAAAUUGUUUGUUGGGGAGGAUAUUUUUUGUUAGAUUUUUAAAAAAUGAAAUGAAUGAAAAAUUAAAUAAAUAAGAAUUUUACGAGAGAGCGCGUCGAAAAAGAUUGCGCUUUGAUUUUAUGAGAAAUUGUGAAAAAAAUGGAUAUAUAAUAUAUAUUAUAUAUAUAUACAUAUAUGGUAUAUACUAAUAAUGUAUAAAAGAAGAGUUAAAUUAUUUGUACAGAUUUAAGAAAAAUGAAUUGUGCCAAAGUGCGAGACAAAGUUUAUUAAGAGAAUUUAUUAGUGAGUUUAGGAACAGAGGGUUCAUGUAUUUAUUCUGAUUCUAACACAUGGCAAAAAUGGUCGAAAACACACGAAGAGAAGUAAAAUUGAAAACCAAAAAUUCGAAAACGCUCACAACGGUUCAGAAACGACUAUCAAAAAAAUAACAUUCGGCAACUGUUCGGGAAAGUACAAAAAAAAAACAACUAGAAAGAAAAAUCCAAAUAAUCCAUUUAUUUCACACAAUUCAAACUAAAAACCGAUCUUCAAAUGAAUAUAAAAUUGUCAACAUCGAGAGAAACUCUAGGAAUUCAUUCGGAACGCAAAAAAAUCUAACGCGCUUUUUAUUAUUACAACAGAAUGCAAAAUUUAAACUUAAGACAAAACAACCCCCCAAAAAACGAAUACCAAAAAAGAGACUUUAGACCCAUUCGGCAACGGAAAGAAAACAAAACCAAAUUAAAUACGCAGAGAAAUUGGUACCAUUUCCAUCCAAAUUGACAAAAAACAUUGUUUUAGUAGACAUUCGGCGAAACUGACGGAAAGUUUUUACGGGCAGAACCAAAAUUGUUCUGAUCUACGAAUUGGCAAAGAAAACUAAUUGAUUUAGAUGAAGAAAUUCACUAUCAUUAUCCCUCCAAGCAUUGACGCGAAAAACUACCGCUUAUACUAUACAUUCAUAUACGUUUUGCUCGUUCUUUAUUUUGCUUGCAAUCAUGCAUCCCCACAAAUCGGUGUCUGCUAACCGAAAAACAAAUAAAACACAAAACGUAUUCGAUUUUGAAAUACCACUAUGCAAAGUCGCAAAUGUUUCGAGGACAACCAUUUACAGUAGAUGGAAGCUACAUUUGUGCUCCAAACUAUGCUUGCAAGUAUUGCUCCUGAGAGCCUGAUUUUCAAAUCACCCCAAAAUGGUAAAUCAUGUAACAAAUGAAAGUUAAAUAUGAGGAAACUCCCAGCCCCGCCCCUAAUCGCAUAUUGAUGUGCAUUUACGUUCUAAUUAUUUGUCGUAAACAAUAAUAACGCUACAUGCAACUAUGUAAUAUUUUGAGCCAUCCUUUGUACUCAUUGAUGAAGCGGUGCAAGCGACGCAAACAAAAAUAUUGUUAUAACAUUUGGGCAUUAUAAAGUCAACGCUGAAUAACACACGAAUCGCUAUUGAUGCAAAGGACGUGUUUCAAGUCACAAUUUUAAGUAGUUCUUCGUUAUUUCAUACAUCUAUCUUUAAAUAAUAGUUAUAGCUUAUAAAAAGUCACCAGAGGAUUUGUUGUAUUGCAUAAACUGUUCGAAUUUUCUAUAUUUGCAAACGCUUCUGUUGACUAAUCUGUCCCCGCUGCUUGAAAGUUGACUGAUGCGUAAGAUCAAAGCAACCUCAGUACAGCAAACAACCAGAGAAAACAAAGAUUUCUCAUCCCCCCGCCCCCCAAAUUAAGAAACUUCGAAAUCGAAUCGGAUUCCGAGAUUUAAACCUUUUUUCUAUAUGUUCGAUUUUAUUACAUACGUUUAUUUCAUCUUUAAUCAUACUACGUUUUGUAGUUCUAUAUAUUAUAUUAUUUUUUUGUAUUACAGUUAUACAUAUAGAAUUUAUGCUAUUUAGAAUCGCUGGAUGGACUGACUAUGGAUUUAUAUAUUAUAUACAGAGCAGGAUUGCCCAGCUGUUUUUCUUUUUCUUACGUAGAUUUUUAGUGGUAUUAGGUCCGGAUACAAACAAAAAACGAGCAAGCAAACACGCAAAACUAUACAAGAUACAAUGAACAAACAUCGCGCACACCAUUCCAUUUUUAACAUCGUCAUUGUUACAUUUAUCCGAGGCCGGCCUAACGGGCCAGUCCGCGUCUGACGGCAAGCGAUCGCGGUGCGAAAAUACGAUUCAAAUCGCACGUCAAGAGAAUGUAUAACAAUAUAUCCGACCUAAGCAGUAUCUACCUCAAUAAUUAUAAGUGGUAAAAUAGUAAUAUUAACGUUGUUUAUGUUUUUUAUUUGCUUAUAUUUCCAAAUACCUAAGGCGUAUGAAUAUAAUAACUUCUAAUUUAUGUUGCAUACAAUGAAACUAUACCGGCAGAUUGACUUCGCGAGUGGCUUCAAUCGCUCGAAAUCAUAGUUUUCCGUAUGUUUUUAGUAUCCGUUUGUAUCUCUACAAAACGAAAUAACUACCAACAUAAAAUAGAGAAUAACCAAACCAGUUAGUAAUUGUCAUAAUGUCAUAAAUAUAAAGUUUAGCGUAACAAGAUGAAUAAAAAAAUACGAAAUUAUAAACAAGCAUAGAAUACACAUGAACAUUCAUUUCUGGAAUGAAGCAUAAGUGAAAUAUAAUUAAGCGGAAAUAGCAUGUUUAAUAGUAAGCAUUAAAUUAAAUUUAGAAAAGAAAAAGAAAAAUAUUUUGUGUCUGUGUGCCAUUUCAUUUUUGUAUUUCAUUGUUGGAUGUUAUAUUAAAACAAUACACAGUACACUGCGAAACAAAAAUGUGUUUGUUUUAUUAGAACAUGCGAAAGAAGAGAAAAAAAAACAAGAUUAACAAAACUGCACCCACUUUUUGAACUAUGUAUAACAUAUGUGAACAAUGACUAACAUAUACUAAACAUGCAUAUAUCGUAUUUGUAACCGAAAUAAUAGUACUAACUAAUUACUAUAUUAAAACAUAAUUACCCACUGAUGCAGAAAUCCACACAGAACAUGCACGAGCGUGAAACUAAUGAUGAAUGUUUUUAUAAGGAGAUAAAACCAAGACGGAACCGCAACUCUCAGGUAUUAUAGCUCAGGACGAUUUUUGUAAAUCGCUUGUAUAAGAAAAUAACAGUUUUUGCAUUGUACGAGUGUUUGUAACGAUAGGUAGUUUAACAUUUUCAUUUCUGGUUUAUUUUAUGUGCGAUAGAAUUCCACUGAAAGCAAAUUCACAUUUGACUGCAGGAUUGUUACAAUAAAAUAAACAUUUUUCGUUCAUUACAGCAUUCUUUUAUGCCUUCACAUAGUCGAAUAAGUGACGUUACUUUAUAAUAUAGAUAUUAUAAUAAUUGCCGCUUCUGUUUCAAUGUAUCCUAAUUCUGUUAAAAAGAUGCUAUCUCCAGUUGAAUAUGAUCACAAUCAUCUUUGUACUUUUAUUAUUCGUUUAUAAUAUGAGCUUAUGAUUACGUUUUAUCACUAUUGAGUAUUUGCAAGCGCCCACAUUGAAUUAUUGUGCGCGCUGGAAUGUAUGGUGUGUAUUAAAUGAACAUGAAAUGAAAUUGAGUAUGGAUUGGUUUUAUAACUAACUGUUUUCGUGACAAUUAUCUGUAGCAGUCGAGAAAAUCUGCAGUGCUGGAACAGACAUUUUUGAUAACACUAAUGCAAGCGAGAACAUGAAACUAACAUAUAACGUAGAUAGAACAGUAUUUAUAACAUACAUAUUACAUGCAUCUAUUGUCCGUUUAAUGAAUUUCAGUUAAUAAAUAGUGUUCCCUUAA